AGGAAUAGCUGCCCCUGGAACAGCCACUUCCUUUCUUGCCCUGGAUGUUGCACAGCUGGUGCCCUGCCUGAUUCUGCCCCUUUGUCCAACAGCCCAGUUUACUGUCGUGGGGCCAGCUGAUCCCAUCCUGGCCAUGGUGGGAGAAAGCACCAUGUUUCACUGCCACCUGUCACCUGAGAAAAGUGCUGAGGACAUGGAGGUGCGGUGGUUCCGGUCUCAGUUCUCGCCCGCAGUGCUGGUGUACAAGGGUGGCCGCGAGAGGCCAGAGGAGCAGAUGGAGCAGUACCGAGGACGGACCACCCUUGUGAGUGAAGACAUCAGCAGGGGGAGGGUGGCCCUCAUCAUCCACCAAGUCACGGCCCACGACAGUGGCCGCUACCGCUGUUAUUUCCAACAAGGCAGGUCCUACGACGAGGCUGUCAUGUACCUCCUGGUGGCAGGCCUGGGAUCCGAUCCCUUCAUUGAAAUGAAGGGCCAUGAGGAUGGGGGUAUCCUGCUGGAGUGCACAUCUGAAGGGUGGUACCCAGAGCCCCAAGCAGUGUGGAGGGACCCUUAUGGUGAGAUUGUGCCCGCCCUGGAAGAGGCUUACACCCAGGGCACAGACGGCCUCUUUAGGGUCACCAUGGCCGUGAUCAUCAUGGACAGCUCUGUGAGAAACAUGUCCUGCUCCAUCAACAACACCCUGCUGGGCCAGGAGAAAGACUCUGUGAUCUUCAUUCCAGAGCCCUCUAUCCCCAGCAUGCCUGCCUUUCCCUGGAUGGAGGUCCUGGCCGUCAUCCUGCCUGCUGUGCUCCUCACUGUCAUCCUUGGGAGCAUCGGUCUCAUCACGAAACUCCGCAGGGAGAAAGGAUCUCCAUCAGUGGAAAAAGAUUGUGAAAAUGAAGAGAAAGAAACUGCACAGCAACUUCAAGAAGAAUUGCGAUGGAGAAGAGGCCUCUUACAUGCCGCUGAUGUGGUCCUGGACCCAGACACUGCUCAUCCCGAGCUCUUCCUGUCAGAGGACCGGAGAAGCAUGAGGCGGGGACCCUCCAGGCAGAGCGUGCCUGACAACCCCGAGAGAUUCGACUGCCGGCCCUGUGUCCUGGGAGCCCAAAGCUUCUCCUCAGGGAGGCAUUAUUGGGAGGUGGAGGUGCGAAACGUAAUGGUGUGGUCUGUUGGGGUCUGUGAGGACAGUGUGGCGAGGAAAGGGGAGGCCCUGCUGGUUCCUCAGAAUGGCUUCUGGACCCUGGAAAUGUUUGGAAACCAGUACCGGGUCCUGUCCUCCCCUGAAAAGAUUCUUCCCCUGAAAGAGCGCCUUCGCCGGGUGGCCGUCUUCCUGGACUACGAGUCUGGAGAUGUCUCCUUCUAUAACAUGAGGGACCGAUCGCACAUCUACACGUGUCCCCGUUCGCUCUUCUCUGGGCCCCUGAGGCCCUUCUUCAGGCUGGGAUCUGAUGACAGCCCCCUGUUUAUCUGCCCAGCGUUCACAGGGGCCCAGGGUGUCACGGUGCCUGAGGGUGGCCUGGUUCUUCACAGGGCAGGGACCCACUGCAGACACCAGGACCAGUUCCCUGGUCUCAGAGGCGAAUCAUCAGGCGGCAUGUUCGGCAUUGAACUUGCGUUGACUUCAGACGCCAUGGACUCCAGCCCACCCAGUAAAGCCCCCAGGCCUCCAAGGAUGAAAAACCAAGACAGAAGGAGCAAUGACAAGGACACCUCUGGGUCUGGCCUGGCCCAGGUGUCCCUGCAGCAAACACUCUGGGUCACUGAGAAUGGCCUGAGGUUUAAGGUCCUGGCUGAGCAGUCAGCUGGAAGUGCCAAGGGUCCCUUCUUCUGGAGUGUGGAGCCCUGGCAGGUGGCUGUGGGGGUGACCCUGCCGGCUCUGCUGGGGCUCCUGGCGGUGGCUGGUUUCUUCCUGUGGCGACAGCAGAAGAGAAUCCAGGUCCUGUGGCAGGAGAAGGAGGCAGAGAAAAGUGCCAAAGAGAAGCUGCAGGAAGAACUUGGUGAGAAGGCUCAUGCCUACGCCGUGUUGAAGACCACCUACCAACCUGCUGAUGUGUUUCUGGAUGUGGACACUGCGCACCCCAAUCUCUUUGUUUUCGAGGACCAGAGGAGCCUGCAGCUGGCAGACACCAGGCAGAGGCUGCCAGACACUCCCAAGAGAUUUUUUGGGAAUUUCUGUGUGCUGGGCUGUGAGAGCUUCACAACGGGCAGACAUUUCUGGGAGGUGGAAGUGGGGGACAGGAAAGAGUGGCAUAUUGGGGUGUGUAGAGAGGAUGUGGAGAGAAAAGAUUGGGUUAGAAUGAAACCGGAGAAUGGAUUCUGGGCAUUAGGGAGGUCUGAGGGGAAUGACUUCCAGGCUCUCACAGACCCCCGGACUAAACUGACAAUUGCCAACCCUCCUCAAAGAGUGGGGGUUUUCCUGGACUAUGAGAAGGGGGAGGUGUCAUUCUACAAUGCCCUCAGUGGAUCAUAUAUCUACACCUUCACAAACACCUCCUUCUCUCGUCCUCUGUAUCCUGUUUUUGAUAUUUGGACUAGGGAGUCCACUGCCUUGACCAUUUGCCCAGCACCAAAAGGAGUGGAGAGUUCCCUUGUGCCUGACCCUUCCCUGGAGACCACAGUGGCCUCAGGCUCAGCUGAUAGCAAUGGGGACCCUCAGGCUGAAGUAAUGUCUUUGCUUCUCCCUGCUCAGCUUUAG